UCUCGACCAGUGACUCGCCUGGACACACAGAAAGGCGACAGACAGAAAAAACGGAGAGACAAAAAUCCUUUGGAGUUACAGUGAGCCUUCCCUGAAAUAGACAACGCGGCAAGAAAUGGCAAACUGAUCAAUUUCACUCCGUUUGAAAUCCCCUCGCUCUGUGUGCGAGGGGCAGCUGGCGACUUUAGUAUUUUUUUCUCCGCGAAAAAAAACUUCUCUCAAACUUUUCUUCCUGUCUGUGUGUGUGUGUGUGUGUGUGUGUGUGGAGGCGUGAUGGCUGGAUUGGAGGAAGUCUGGGCGAAUGGCUGCUUCCCCAGUUGCUUCGGAUCCCAAGACGAGCUGGAGAUGCGGAGGAGGAGCAAAGGGAUUGACCACAUGCUGGCCAAGGAGAGACCCUACCUGAGGAGGAUGGUCAAAAUCUUACUCCUGGGGGCCGGGGAGAGCGGUAAAAGCACAUUCCUCAAGCAGAUGAGGAUCAUUCACGGCCAGGACUUUGAUCUGAAGACCUUGAAAGAGUUCCGGGACACCAUCUAUGGGAACAUUAUCACCGGGAUGCGAGUGUUGGUGGAUGCCAGGGAGAAACUGGGACUGCCUUGGGCUAAUAGUGACAAUGAGAAACAUGGGCUCUUCCUGAUGAUCUUCGAGAACAAUUGCAUUGGUGUUAGUGAAACACAUUUCCAAAGAGUUUUGCCAGCUAUCCAAACCCUGUGGCAAGACCAGAGCAUCCGACAGGCCUAUGAGAGAAGGAGUGAGUUUCAGCUGGCUGACUCAGUGCAAUACUUCCUGGAUAACCUGGAUCGGAUUGGCCAACUGAAUUACCUUCCCACCAAGCAGGACAUCCUUCUGGCUCGGAGAGCAACCAAGGGAAUUGUUGAGUAUGACUUCCUCAUCAAGGGCAUCCCCUUCAGGAUGAUGGAUGUGGGCGGACAGCGCUCCCAGAGGCAAAAGUGGUUCCUGUGCUUCGAAGGCAUCACCUCCAUCUUGUUCAUGGUGUCGUCCAGUGAGUUUGACCAGGUCCUGAUGGAGGACCGGCGAACCAACCGCCUGGUGGAGUCGAUGAACAUCUUCGAGACGAUUGUGAACAACAAGCUCUUCGCCAGGGUCUCCAUUAUCCUCUUCCUGAACAAGACCGACCUGCUGGAGGCCAAGGUGAAGACAGUCAACAUCGAGAAGCACUUCCCGGACUUUGAGGGGAGGCCCCACCAUCUGGAGGAUGUCCAGAAGUACCUCCUGUCGUGCUUCAACCGCAAACGGAGAGAUCGCAGCCGACCUCUCUUCCACCACUUCACCACCGCCAUUGACACGGAGAACAUCCGCUUCGUCUUCCACGCUGUCAAGGACACUGUUCUCCAGGAGAACCUGAAUGACAUCAUGCUAGAGUGACAUGAGGCACCGCCUGCGUGCCUCGUAUGCCAGGGUCACGCCGAGGUUGCACAGAGGCCAAGAGGACGUGACCCCACACACAUGGAGGCAACUGACAAUGAGAGAUGAGGAGCAGGACCAAGGCGAUGGUGUAUUUAAUAUUUAAGAUGUUGUCUCCCUGAUAUUCGGGAUCCUGUUUAAAAUUAAGAUCGAUUUCGCCAAUUGGCCUGGCCCUGGUGAUUUAGUGCUUAUUCCUUUUGGAUUCCAUGCUCACCUCCAUUUUGCCUUCGCUUCCCACCAAACCCCAACAACAUUGGCUCAGCUACUAAACAAUUCCUCUGUCAGGCCGCAUUCUCCCUCUUUCUAGGAGGGUGAACCUGGGCAGUGGAUGUCAGUGGACUAUUGAACUGAGGGAAGCAUCACCAAACUGCCACCCACCAGGGUAAGGCAGUCACUCGAUAGCACUGAGGUCUAAUAGCCCUGAAAGAUUACUUUCCAGUUCCAUUCCCAACUCAAGCCAACAGAAAUUUGAGGCAUUUUGACCAUCAAAGGGGUCAAAGGCAUACAAAGAGAAGCAGAGUGGAAAAUCAAAUUGGCUAUGAUGGAGUCAUUGAGUCAAACAGCAUGGAAACAGACUCUUCGGUCCACCUAGUCCAUGCUGAUAAUAAUCCCAAACUAAACUAGCCCCACCUGCCUGCGCUUAAUCCAUAUCCCUCCAAACAUUUCUUAUCCACAUCCUUAUCUAAAUGGAUUUUAAACGUUGUACCUGCGUCCACUGCUUCCUCUGGAAGUUCGUUCCACACAUGAACCAAGCUCUGUGUAAAAAAGUUUGCCCCUCAUGUCUUUUAUAAAUCUUUCUACUAUCUUGAAAUCCCCCACCCUAGGGUAUAGAAAUCUGCCAUUCCCCUUACCUAUAUCCAUCCUGGGAUGUGAUUUAUAAACCUCUAAAAAUGGUCUCCCCCCCGCAGCCUCUUACCCACCAGUGAAUUAUGUCCCAGCCUAUCCAGCCUCUCCUUUUCACUUGAACUCUCUAUUCCUGGCAAUGACCCGGUAAAUCUGUUCUGAGCCCUUUACAGUUUAGUAAUAUCCUUCCAAUUACAGGAUGACCAGAACUGGGCACAGUGCUCCCAAUGAGACCUCGCCAAUGUCCUGUACAACCUCAACAUGACAUCCCAGCUUCUGUCCUCAAAGGUCUGAGCAAUGAAGGCAAGUGCGCUAAACACCUUCUUAACCACCCUGUCUACAUGUGACACAAAUUUCAAAGAAUCAUGCACCUGAAACACCCAGAUCCCUUUGUUCUACUGCACUACCCAAGGCCCUAUCAUUAAUUGUGUAAGGCCUGAAUUUUGGGCUAGUACUGAGGGGCCCAAUGACCUAUAUCUGCUCCAAAACCAUAUGAUUGAUUUGAUUCAAUGAGAGUCAAUGCGAAGUGAAGAACCAAUGACCUUGCCCCGCUGAACAUUUGUUGUUCUCUGCUGGCUACUGAACAUUGUUGUGAUGGGAUCAGACCGGAGAGAACACCCUGAGUCUGGUACAAUUUCUCAUUGUCAAUGUUCAGGGAGACAAAACCGGUAGGAUAUUCUCGAAUGAAAAAUGGUAAAGUUUAUCGCUGGUGUUAAUUAUUUGCUUCUUUCCAAGAGAGGAAUUCUGAUGGUGAGUCAUUCCCUUAGUUUGGGGUGAUGCCAUGGUGAUAGCUCAGGGCUACCAAUAAUGUAGGCCCAGGCUGGUGCUUUGGGGACACGGUUUCAGUUCCCAUGGCGACUGGUGGAAUUUGACCACAGCUAGUUCAAUAUGCAAAAUGCUGGGCCCAGCCAGCAACGUACACAUCCCACAAAUGAAUAGAAAAAAAGACUCCCAGCAACUUGGUUGAAUCUCAGCUGCCCCUGUGAAAUGGCUGAGAGAGGAACUCGGUUCACAGGGCAACUGGGGGUGAACCUAGCCAAUGAAACUCACAUCUGACCAAAAGAACAGACGAAAUGGAGGGUCUGGCAUGCCCUGCCCAACUCAACUCAACCCAUUGAAGGCACGGGGAGAAGAUGGAGAGGGGGGACUAGGUGAAUUUCUAACCCUUUGAAAUGGCAUAGCGAGAUGUUCGGGUCAAGGGCAAUUAGGAACGAGCCAAUAUCCAAUAUUUGCCAAUAUCCCAGGAAAUCCGGAUCUUGCCAUACACUUUGCUUGACACAACCUUCUGCCCACUGGCCUCCUCUUUCACUUGGGUGCUUGGCCACAUAUCAGCCUGACGGUGUCACUGCCGAAUCCAGAGGUCCUGUGCUCGAGUCCCACUCCACGAACGGGUGGUACCCCAACGUUGGCACUGACAGAGUGCUGCAUCCCUGUAGCCUCCACUUUCUGACUGAGAUGUUAAAACAGAGCCCUCCGAGGUAAACAUUAGCGAUUCCAAGAUGUGGUUUUCAUUGCUUUGCUAGCAAUUUCUGUUCUUGCCUCAGAGGAUCUGAUGAUCAUCACCUUGUUGUAGUGGGAUCUUGCUGUGCAAACGUUGGCUGCCGUGGCUUUACAGUAUGGCACUGCACUCCGAAGGGAGAGCGUUUUGCUACACCACGUAGCUGGCCAUACAAAUGCAUGGUUCUUCUUGUUGCAUUUUGACCCCUGUCCUGUCACCAGUGCCGAAGGGAAGGCCAACGGCUUCAGUUUGCAAUAACAGCUGCUGUUUAGGACUGCCAUUAGCGCCCAACCCUUGGUAUCUGCUGUCCUUGAGGCUGGAUCAAAUACUGUCCGCUGUGCAUUGAGGAAAGUUUAAUAACUUUGUAGUUGGCAGGAUGGACUGGCACUGGGUUUCUGUUGGUGGUAAAAUUAGAAACUUCCUUCAUAAGGCUACUGGAUCUCCUGACCCUUCGCCUAGUAACUGCCCAGCUCUGUCCACCCAACCAACUUGUGCUUAUCCCACCAAGAGCUAAACAAACUAAAAAAAAUUGGAAUGUUCCAUGUUAACGCUGGUUAGGAACGUUGGGAGCUCAAUAGGCCAAAGUUCCUUGCCAUUGGCCAGACAACCAACUAGUUAAUUACUAGUUAACGUGCAGCAAACCUGUUCCUUGGAAUUGUGCCAGGGCCCCAGGAGCCCCCUGUAGUUGGCUAAUCCUGUUACACUGACAAUGACCUGGCAGGAACAGAAAGACUAAUACAUCCCCAGGAGUGAGUUCCAGGCUGCAGCUUGAUCAAGGGCUAGGCUAGUUGUAUGUUGAGUAACAGACACACAGGAAUGAGUUACAGACUGGACCCCGAGUGAGGGGAUCAGGUGUUUAAUAUAUGGAAUAACAGAUACCUGGGAGUGAGAGUGAGUGAGGGGUUCAGUUUGCUGUACUCUGUCUUUAAGGAUAAGUUUCAGAAUGGAGGCUUCAUGUUCGGAAUGUCAGCACCUGUCAAUCUUAGCACUGAGAGAUCCACAGAUCAUGAAUAAGAUUUCUCAGUGUCGUGCGAUCCACUGCAGAAAUUGGAGUGAUUUUGUUCGGACCAGGGAGUUCAUCAUCAGCGAAAGACUGAUGCUGCAGCCAGGUUCCUGUCACACACAUGGGAAGGUGUCAGAAUGAAGGAAGCUGUGAAUUGAAGGUGAUCCCAAUAUCAUGUUGGACACGUUUGCUGCUAAUGGCUGUUCAACCAGGGAGACCCAUGCUGUGGUCAGUGGAUUCAGGAAGAGGGAAUGAGUUGAUGACCAGUGUAGGUGGACAUGAUCAAUGCUUCAAUGUAAUCCAGGGGCAAGUGAGAAGCGUUGAGUGUGAACAACAGGUGCAAAUGGGGCUUCCCGGUAUCGUCUUGAGGGGAUUGCAGGGUGUUCCAGUACCUACAGUAGGGGUCAGGUUGCCCUAGUGAUUUUAGAAGGGGCAAGAAUGUGUCCCAGUGCCUUCAGCAGGGGCAUGGGGUCUGUUCCAGAGUGACCAGCAAGUAUGAGGGGUUCUGAGUUUGAUGGAGUUGGGGGGGUGAUCUCAGUUUGAUUGGGAGGGUUCUUUGAUAGAGGGGGGUUUCUUUGUUUAAUUGGGGUUGUUCUCGGCUUGAUUGGCAUAGGGCCUCGAGGUAUCCAAUGUAUUACUGAUUUUAAGCAAAUAUUUAUUAUCAUACUGUCAGAGGACUCACAGUGACAUGUGCCUGUGUGUGUGAGAGUGAGUGUGUGUGUGUGUCUGUGUGUGUGAGUGAGUGUGUGUCUGUAUCUGUGUGUGUGUGUGUGUGUGUGUGUGUGUCUGUGUGUCUGUGUGUGUCUGUGUGUCUGUGUGUGUGAGAGUGUGUGUGUGUGUGUGUGUGUCUGUGUGUGUGUGAGAGUGAGUGUGUGUGUGUGUGUCUCUGUGUGUGUGUGUGAGAGAGAGAGAGAGUGAGGGAAAGGGAAAGAGAGGGGUGACUUGCAGAAGUGCAGAGGUGAGAAGUGAGAGGAGACAAAGGGAAGUGAAAUAGUGAAAACUGGAAAAGCGAAGAGAAGUGAAGGGAGAUAGUGACAAAGGGAUUAUCCACAGGGACAGCAGGACAAUGAAUAAAGGAGGAAAGUGUCUGGUAAAGAUACAAGGUGAGUGAAAACAUUGAAUCUCAUCCCCAAGCUGUCAUCCUUUUGCACAAUUUGUCAGAACAGAACAACUAGGAGCAGGAGUAGGUCAUUCAGCCCCUUCGGCACCUGUAAUCCUACUUUUAGCGAUUCAUGCACAAGGACACCCAAGUCCCUCUACACAGCAGCGUGCUGCAAUUUUUUACCAAACAUAGUCCAUUUUGCUGUUAUUCCUACCAGAACGGAUGACGUCACACGUAUCGACAUUGUAUUCCAGCUGCCAGACCUUUGCCCACUCACUCAGACUAUCUAUAUCCCUCUGCAGACUUUCAGUGUCUUCUGCACACUUCGCUCUGCCACUCACCUCAGUGUAAUCUGCAAAUUUUGACACAACACACUUAGUCCCCAACUCCAAAUCAUCUAUGUAAAUUGCAAACAAAUGCGGUCUCAACACUGAUCCCUGAGGCACACCACUAGCCACUGCCCGCCAACCAGAAAGACACCCAUUUACCCCUACUCUUUGCUUUCUACUGGUCAACCAAUCCUCUAUCCAUGCCAAUACAUUAACUGUAAUACUGUGCAACGUUAUCUUAUGUAGCAGCCUUUGGUGUGGCACCUUGUCAAAUGCCUUCUGGAAAUCCGGAUACACCAUAUCCAUGGGUUCCCCAUCGUCCACCAUGCAAGUAAUGUCCUCAAAGAAUUCCACCAAAUUAGUUAAACAUGACCUACCCUUCAUGAAAGCAUGAUGGGUGUUUCCAGUGGGACAAUUUAUAUCCAGAUGUUUGGCUAUUUCUUCCUUAAUGGUAGAUUCAAGCAGUUUCCCCACUAUCGAAGUAAAGCUAACUGGCCUAUAGUUACUGAGAGAUAAUGGGAACUGCAGAUGCUGGAGAUUCCAAGAUGAUAAAAUGUGAGGC